AUGUCAUUUAAUGAUGAUGAUGAAAUAUAUUCUAUUGUCAUUGAUAAUGGUUCUGGUACAAUCAAAGCAGGUAUUGCUGGUGAUGAUUCACCUCGAGUGAUCAUUCCUAGUGUAGUUGGUCGUCUACGUCAUUCGAAAACUCUGCCUGAAACGUCUCAAACAGAUUUAUUUAUUGGAUAUAAGGCAUUAAAUAAUAAAGAAAUUUUAUCUGUUCAUUAUCCAAUUGAACAUGGUAUUAUUACAAAUUGGGAUGAUAUGGAAAAAAUUUGGCAUCAUAUUUUUUAUAAUGAACUUCAUGUUGUACCUGAAGAACAUCCGGUUUUGCUUAGUGAAGCAUCAUUGAAUCCUAUAGCUAAUCGUGAAAAAAUGGCGCAAAUUCUUUUUGAACAAUUUAAUACACCUGCUAUGUAUGUAGCUAAUCAGGGUGUUCUUUCGUUUUAUACAUUGGGUAGAACAGCUGGUAUAAUUCUUGAAAUUGGUGAUGGGGUUUCACAUACUGUACCAAUCAAUGAAGGUUAUGCUAUACCGCAUGCAAUUAGUCGUGUUGAUAUAGCUGGACGUGAUUUAACUGAUUUUAUGGUUCGAUUAUUAGCCGAACGUGGUUAUGCAUUUACAACGACAGCUGAACGUGAAAUUGUUCGAGAUAUGAAAGAAAAACUAGGUUAUGUUGCAUUAGAUUUUGAACAAGAAUUAAUAACUACAAAACAUUCGAAUAUUAUCGAGAAAAAAUAUGAGUUACCGGAUGGUCAAAGGAUAACUAUUGGUAAUGAACGUUUUCGAUGUUCGGAAGCUAUUUUUACACCAACAAUCAUUGGCCAACGAGAAUUAGGCAUUGCUGAACUACUUUAUGAUUCAAUUAUGAAAUGCGAUAUCGAUAUACGAUCAAUUUUUUAUUCGAAUUCUCUUUUAUCCGGAGGAACAACUAUGUUUCCGGGAUUCGCUGAUCGAAUGCAAAAAGAAAUGACAAAACUUGCUCCACCGAAUAGAAGAAUUCGUAUUGUUGCUGCACCUGAUCGGAAGCUUAGUGCAUGGAUUGGUGGUUCAAUUCUUGGUUCAUUAUCAACAUUUCAAAGAAUGUGGAUAACAAAAGAAGAAUAUAAUGAAUCUGGUCCAUCGAUUGUACAUCGAAAAUGUAUGUGA